AUGCUGGAGCUAUUUCGUGAUACGGUGGCUGGCCAGUUGCUACGGCUAAUCACAAACCGGUGCAUCCUCCAGUACCCUGAGGAACGCGAUCCUUUGAUAUGGCAGAAGUAUCUCAAGCGCGAAAAGUCAGCAGUUCAUAGCGUCACGGCCCCACCUUCAGCUGCGGAAAAAGAAGAGCUGAGCACCCGGCCUAUCGACCCGGGGGUUCUCCAAUCGAAUCCUCUUUCGGCUGAGGACAAGGAAGAGCUCAACACUCGCUCUCCGUCAGAUUCGAGCUCCACCUCAAUAGCAUCGCGGCCCUCCAAAACGCUAUCAACAACAGUCGAGAAUGACAAUCCGCUCGUCCGCACUCUUAGUGGCCAACGGGUUAACCUGGAGAAAGGACGAGGUGCAGAUAUGGUCGACUGGUAUGGGCCUGACGACCCCGAAAAUCCUCGAAAUUGGGGUACAUUCAGGAAGAUCUGGGUCACGUUCGAGAUAUGCUUCCUGACGUUUGCCGUUUUCAUUGGCUCCGCAAUCUAUGCUGCCGGCAUCCUGGAUGUAAGCGAAACUUUCGGGGUUAGCCCAGUGGCAGCUACUCUCGGACUUACACUGUUUGUGCUGGGGUAUGCAACAGGGCCUAUGCUUUGGAGUCCAAUGUCGGAAAUUCCCCAGAUCGGACGGGCGCCGGUUUACAUCGCGACUCUGGCACUCUUUGUUGUUCUCCAGGUUCCCACUGCGCUGGCGACCAACUUCGGCAUGCUCUUGGCAUUCCGAUUUAUCACGGGAUUUGUGGGAUCUCCCUCUCUUGCCACAGGUGGUGCCUCGAUUGGUGACAUGUACACACCUGCCAAGAGAACGUACGGUAUCGCCGUGUGGGGGGUGAGCGCCGUGUGUGGCCCGACAAUGGGUCCUUUAGUCGGAGGGUUCGCCGCGGAGGCAAAAGGUUGGACUUGGACAAUCUGGGAGCUGAUGUGGCUCUCUGGAUUUUGUCUCGUGUUGCUGACAUUUUUGAUGCCCGAGACCUCCUCGGCCAAUAUUCUCUAUCGACGGACGAUGCGACUUCGGAGGUUGACGCGCAAUGACAAACUCAUUUGCGAACCUCAACUUGUCGGAGAACAGAUGACUGGUCGGGAAAUUGUCAUGAUGGUGUUGGUUCGUCCUUUCACCCUCUCUUUUACCGAGCCCAUGGUGUUUCUGUUGAAUCUCUACAUCGCCCUCAUCUACGGCCUUUUGUACAUCUGGUUUGAGAGUUUUCCAAUCGUCUUCAGCGGAAUCUACAGAUUCAGCCUGGGACUGGAGGGAACGGCCUUCCUCGGUAUCCUCAUUGGUGCGUUUAUCACCCUCCCACCGUUCAUCUGGUAUCAGCGGAAAUACAUUGAGCCAAAGUUCAACGACAAAGGCGAGCUCAAGCCGGAGUGGCGACUUCCACCCUCGUUUGUGGGCGCUUUUUGCAUCCCAAUAUGCUUAUUCUGGUUCGGAUGGUCAGCAAAAGCAGAGGUCCACUGGAUUGUACCAAUCAUCGGGACUGUAUGGUUUUCCGUGGGAGCGUUCCUGUUGUUCAACUCGGUUCUCAACUACCUUGCAGACGCCUACCCAGCCUAUGCAGCAAGCGUGUUAGCUGGCAACGAUUUGAUCCGAUCAUCGUUCGGCGCGGCGUUCCCAUUGUUUGCAACGGCCAUGUACAACAAUCUCGGAAUUGGUUGGGCGAGCUCUCUUCUCGGAUUUCUCGCUCUUGCGUUUAUCCCAAUUCCAUUCUUGUUAUUCAAGGUUAAUAUCCCUGUUCCCGCUAUCAAUUUGAUCAACGCUAACAAUGUUGCAGUAUGGCGAGCAGCUGAGAAUGAGAAGUAG